AUGCUGUUCAAUCUCCCGACUGCGGAGGACUGCGACCAUAAGAGGGACAUGCCAGCCGGAGGUGGGCCAUUCAAAAUCGGCCAGAACCGCUUACCGCCACGGAAUGGCCUUGUUUUUCUUCUCAGUAGGCUUUCGCCUGAGGAGGAUUAUAAUAGCCAGAGCGACUCUAUAGCCAGAGGCACCGGAACACCACCACGGAGUUUACUUGAUGCUACAGCGCUUCUUAAAGCUCAGGCAUCAACCUUCUCAACCGAGGAGGGAAUUGAACUUCCAAAUAUUAAGUUGUCUUUUUGGCCAUGCUUGAGUGUACUUGGAGAAAUGGAAUUUCCACCAGCUUUUCACAAGGAGAUGGAAAGUGUCGACGCGGUAAACGGAACGCCUGCAGUACUCACCUGCCAACUUAACCGCAGUCUCUCACCCAGUGAGAUUGUCAAGUUGUCGUGGUUAAAAAUGCCAAGACAGCUACUGGCACGGGGCCGGAUGAAAAUAACCACAAACGAGCGCAUCAGUAUUGUGCCUCAAGCCUCCGAAAAUGUCUUUCAACUACGUUUUGACCCAGUGGUGAAAGAAGACGGAGGGGAAUAUCGAUGUGUAUAUAAUCAUAAAACAGGUGUCAAAUAUAAGGUCGUCGUUGUUAACAUUCAAGUUCAACCCAAGGUGGAUAUUGACCCGAGAGGUGAAUUGGAAUUGCUUGAGGGUGAGUACGCUUUUGUCGUUUGCAACGCCUCUGGUACCCCCUAUCCCCAAUUCCGAUGGUGGAUGCUGCCCCUCUCCACGUAUCACAAGCACUGCACUCAACAGGCACCGGGAGCUUAUGGUGAAAAUGAGGUGACUGUCACAUUUGUUAGUCAGAUGUCUCACAACUUGAGUCCGUUCUCCCUACAACCGCCGACUGUUCCGAGCACCUCGCAUCUCGCUUUGAUUCCGGUGCAUGAGAUCGCCUCCAAGUACAAGCAAAACAUCUUCGUACGCAGUGGGAAACUGAUUAUCAACGCGGUGAAUCGGGAUAUGACUGGGUGGUACUUCUGUGAGGCUCACAACUCCGUCAAGCCCUCGGCAAUUGAACACGCACUGCUGACUGUCCAUUAUGCCCCUCGGGUUUUCCUGCCCCAAAGGGAGGUCUUUUUCGCACCCUACGGAAAUGUUAGUCUGGUGUGUGAAUUCCAGGCCUUCCCAUUAACCGAGGUAGAAUGGCUUUUGGAUGGCCGAAGACUUGACACCCCGGCCUGUGAGAGGAGAGGACAUCGGGCAACCUCGUGCUGCACUGUAAAGACGAUUGAGGGAUUACCUUAUCAUACGAGUGAGAAGUGGAAGCAUGGAUUUGGUGAUUCCCUCAACAACCUCAACUCCCACACUCCGUUAAAGAAGGAGGCGUCCACGAAGUCGCCAGAACAAUUUCGUAAUAUUAACUUGACCCAAUCGAGUAAUGAUUUGACCCUCUAUGGCAGACGAGUGAGAUCAGUGCUUCAUGUCUGGGUGACAGAGGCCAGACAAUUUGGACGCUACAGCUGUCGCAUGCAAACCCGCUACGGCUUGGCGGAGGGCUUUAUCCGACUGCGAAAUAAAGGCAGGUUCCUCAUCUCUUCCACGAUUUGUGCAUUCAAGAAAACAACGAAUUUUGCUGAAGGUAACACAAUGCCUCGCCUUCUACUCCCUACCGCGGCUUUCCUUCUUGUAUAUUACUAG